AUGGGCAAAAUGAGGAUUGAAAUGUUGGAAAUUAACUAUGCAAUUCGAGAAAUGAAAGAAGAAACAGGAAGGAAGAAGAGAAGCCUCAUAGUGGGACCAUGGGGAGGAAACGGCGGAUCUAGUUGGGACGAUGGUUGCUUCACAGGUGUGAGAGAAAUCACACUUGUUUAUGGACACUGUAUAGAUUCCAUUCAAGUGGUUUAUGAUAAGAAUGGUGAGCCCUUCAUGGCUGACAAACAUGGAGGAAAUGGAGGCAACAAUACUGUCAAGAUUAAGCUGCAGUACCCAAAUGAGUUCUUGAUUGGUGUGAGUGGUCAUUAUUUUCCAUUUAAAGGAGCCCUGGUCAUUCGGUCACUGACAUUUAAGAGCACCACAACAACUUAUGGCCCAUGCGGUUUUGAACAAGGCACACCAUUUACCUUUUCAAUGGAAGGAGGCAAGGUUGUAGGGUUUAAGGGACGAAGUGGUGUGUAUUUGGAUUCAGUUGCCUUCGAAGUUUCUUGA